CAGCUGAGGACUCCGUCAAACAAAUCAUUCAUUUGCCCUCUGUUCAUUCAUUGAAAGAUCAAACCUUCUCCUCACCUGUUGUAGUUCUCGUACAUCGUCAUCAUGAUGUGCAAAACAAUUGUAAAUCUUCCGACCCCUAAUCCAGUGUAUAGUAGACCCCUUAUUGCUAUUUCUGGUGUUCAUUAUCCAUUUACUCCCAGGAAAGCUGUUCAGAGAUCUAAUCAUAGAGCUCGGAAGGUACGCAUCCGGGAAACUCUUUGUGCUCUUCCAGCACAAUUUUCGCCAAAGAAAUUUCAUUGGAGCAACAGGUCUCAUGAAGAUUUUUGUCGGAGAAAAAGAGUGCAGAGCAGUUAUUCAGAUACAGGGGAAAGUUCUGAUCUGCAAUCAUAUAGCUCUGCAGAUUUACCGGGUGUCGAGUAUGAAGUUUUCUUGAGCUUCAGAGGCCCAAAUACACGCAAAGGGUUUGUGGAUUGCCUCUAUCAUGGGCUCAUGGAUGCUGGGAUCCGUGCUUUCAGAGACAAUGAUGAGCUUUCUGUUGGAGGGAGGAUCACUUGGCUACUCCAAGCAAUCAACAACUCAAAGAUAUGCAUACCCAUCUUCUCCAAAGACUAUGCAGAGAGUGAAUGGUGCUUGCGUGAGUUGGCACAGAUGGUGGAAUGCAGUAAACUAACUGGGCUGGAAAUUCUGCCCAUAUUCUACGAUGCUAAUCCAUCUGAAGUAAAGCUGAACAAGGGACCAUAUUUAGAAGCCCUCCGUCAACACAAAAAGAAGCAUAAACCCAAUCUUGUGCACCAAUGGGCAGAGGCUCUGAAGGAGGUUGGAAAGAUCAAGGGCUGGGAGUUAGAAAAGGACACUAAUGGGCAUGAAGGAAAACUCAUAGAGUUAAUAGUUCGAAAAGUUCUGGUUAGCUUGAAGGUGCACCAUUUGAAUGUAACUGACCAGUUAGUUGCAAUCGAUGAUCACGUGGAUAAACUUAUGAGAAUGCUUAAUGUGGGUUCCAAUGAUGUUAGGAUCAUUGGGAUUCAUGGAAUGGGUGGCAUUGGAAAAACCACUCUUGCCAAAGUUGUGUUUAACCAGCUUUCAAGUCGUUUUGAGUACUGUAGCUUCCUCUCAGAUGUAAGAGAAACAUCACAGAACAAGGGUCUCGAAUUUUUGCAGAAUCAACUGAUCUCGCACAUCCUUAAAAAGAAGGGUCCAGAAAUUACUAAUGUUGAUGAAGGCAUCAACACAAUCAAAGAGAGAUUCUCUGGUAAGGAAGUUCUUAUCCUUCUUGAUGAUAUUGACAAGAGAGCGCAGUUAAAUGCGCUCGCAGGAAAGCGCAAUUGGUUUGGUCCAGGCAGUAGGAUCAUUGUUACAACUAGAAACAAAGAUGUGCUUAAUGUGCCUGAAGUUGAUUGGGCAUAUGAACUGGAGAGAAUGGAUGCAGAUCAGUCCAUUCAACUUUUCAGUAGGCAUGCAUUCAGAAGGGACUGCCCUCCCGAUGAUUAUUUGGCUUACUCAAAUAAGGUGGUCGACAUCACUGGAGGCCUUCCUUUAGCUCUCGAGACCAUUGGUUCAUUUCUCUCUGGGAAAAUAAAAAAAGUCUGGGAGGACACAUUGAAGAAGUUGGAAAAAGUACCUCGCGAAGAAGUUGGGAAAAAGUUGAUGAUAAGCUACGAUGCUCUAGAUCACUGGCAGAAGCAGAUCUUUCUUGACAUAGCAUGUUUAUUCAUUGGAUUUGACAAGAGAAUUGUCAUUCACCUGUGGGACAAUGCUGACUUCUACCCAGAGGAAGGUAUGGAAGUCCUUCAUCUCAUGUCUUUGACAAAGAUUGGUGAUGACAACAAGCUGUGGAUGCAUGAUCAGCUUAGAGAUCUCGGUCGAGAAAUUGUUCGACAAGAAAGUAGCAUGGAAUUCGGGAGGCGCAGUAGAUUAUGGAACCAUGAGGAAGCAUUGCACACAUUAAUUAAUCACAAGGGCACUGAAAUGGUCGAAGCCCUCUGUCUUAAGUUUGAUAGCAAGUCACAGUACUAUCUCACUCGAGUUGAAUUUUCAAGUCUAUCCAACUUAAGGUUCCUCCAGAUCAAUGGCGUGAACCUCGCUGGUAACUUUGAAAAUCUUCUUCCACAGUUAAGGUGGCUUUGCUGGCAUUAUUGCCCUUCAAAUUUCUUGCCUACCAAUUUUUAUCUGAGGAAUCUAGUCAUACUCGAUCUCUCUUGGAGCAAGAUCAGCGAAUAUUGGGAGGGCUGGCAUCAAAUCAAGAUGUCGAAGAACCUGAAGGUUCUUAAUCUUACAGGAUGUGUAUGCUUAUACAGGAACCCCGAUUUUUCUCCCUUUGAAGCUCUCGAGAUAUUGAUUCUUGAAGGCUGUGAAAGUUUAGUAGGAAUCGAUGCAUCCAUUGGUGGCCUAAGACAUCUUGUUUCAUUAAACAUGAAGGACUGCCAUUCAAUCCAAGAGUUGCCUGAAAAGUUGGGCUCUAUGGAAGCUUUGACAGAGCUCAUUGUUGAUGGAACCUCUGUACAAGAAAUUUUCAUCAUGCCUGGAGGAACGAAGAACCUCGAAACUCUCAGUGCCCGUGAUUGCAAGUCAUUGACCCAGAUUAGGAGCUCAAUCAGCCAGCUGGAAUCUCUCACAUACCUUGCAUUGGAUAAUGCCAAAAUCACUCAUCUUCCAGACUCUAUUGGAGAGCUAGUGAAACUUGAGUGCUUAUCUCUGAAAGGUUGCAGGUCAAUAAAUAAACUUCCAGACACCAUCGGGCAAUUAGAGUCAUUGGUCGAGCUGGAUCUUUCCAGCACAGGGAUCACUGAGUUGCCCGAUUCAAUAAGCAAUCUGAAAAAGCUGAAGGUGUUGAAAGUGGAGGGAAGUUACAUAGAGCAAAUACCAGUUGUUAUUGGGAUGCUGGAAAAGCUUGAGGAGAUUCAUGCCAAGGGUUGCAGCCUGGAGGGUGACAUUCCUAGUGAUAUAGGAGAACUUGCAUAUCUGAGAAUCUUGAGCUUGUCAGAUAACCGUAUCUGUAGUUUACCAGAAACUAUUUGUGGCCUCUCUCAUCUGCAGACCCUUGAUUUGGAGUUGUGCAAAGAGCUCAAGGGGCUUCCAGAGCUUCCUGAUAGUUUGAUUAAUUUACGAGUUAGUUCUCAGUCAAUGGAGAAAAUCCCAGAUCUCUCCAAUCUGAUUAAUCUGAGGCAGUUGUAUUUGUCUGACGGCUCUCAUCUACAGGGGUUUCCCACCAAUGACCCAACCAAGCUGGUUCAUGAUCCUAGCCCCCUGUGGCUUGGAACGUUAUCCAAAUUGGAGACAUUGCAGCUUUCCCUCUCAAAAAUCACUACAUUACCAGCUGAUCUGGGUUCACUUUAUCGGCUCAAGAAACUGGUAUUGUCUUGUGUAGAUCUGCAAUCUUUUACUGAACUUCCCUCAAGCUUAUCUACACUAUAUAUAGGGAACUGCAAGUCUAUGACAAUUGUUCCUGAUCUUUCGAACUUGAGAAAUCUAUCAGAGUUGGAGCUCCUUCACUCGGCUAUAUCAGAGAUUCGGGGCCUUGAAGGGUUGGAGUCGCUUCAAGUUUUUGAUGUGAUAUACUGCAAAUUGAAAACGCUUGAUGGGCUUGAGCGGUUAGAAUCUCUGAGACGCUUGGUUCUACGUAACUGUGAGUCUCUUGACAGGUUACCCAAUCUCUCAAACUUGAAGAAGCUGAAAGAAUUUAAGCUGCGAGACUGUGAGAAGUUGCUCGAGAUCCAAGGGCUUGAUAAAUUGGUGUCAUUGGAAGAACUGCAGAUAUCCGAGUGCAGAUCCAUCGGGAGUUUCCCUGAUUUGUCAUACUUGAAAAAGUUGAAAGUUCUGGAAAUCAAGAAUUGUGAUAAGAUAAAGGAUAUUGGAGGGCUUGACAGAUUGGAAUCCCUGGAGGAAUUGCAGAUUUCGGAGUGCAGAUCCUUGGAGAGACUACCGGACUUUUCAAACUUGAAGAAGCUGAGGGACUUGGAGAUUGACAGUUGCGAGAAGAUAACUGACAUUGAAGGCCUUGACCAGUUAGAGUCCUUGGAGAACUUGAGAAUUAUUGGCUGCAAAUCUGUGGAAAGGUUGCCGGACUUAACGAACUUCAAAAGCCUGAAAUCUCUGUACAUUGAAGAUUGUGAAAAGAUACGUGAAAUUGCUGGUCUUGGUAUCCUGCGAUCCAUCAAAGGAGAUAACUGUUUCUAGGCGUAACACUGCUUUAUUGGCUUCAAAUUAAGCAAUGGCAAAUUGUUUGUGCAGGAAAAAAAGGCGAGAAGAAAGUACUCGAAUGUUGUUUUUCUUUCUUUCUUUCGUUCUUUUUUAAAAACAGUGUCCUCCAUAUUUGUUCAGCUAUAGAUGCAACAGGAUUGUUAGCAUAAUGAAACAAUUUUACUGUAUAUGUGAGGUGCUAAUAAGAAUUCCUUUCCUUUCCUUUC